AUGCUGCCCCUAAGCCUCGUCUGCUUCCCGCUCUUCGUCGUCUCCUUGACGAGCCUCGUAGCCGGUCUUCUGCACCGUGGACUAGGCAGGGCAAACCUCGACGGCAACCCCGAUGCCCUGCUUACCACCCCUGAGCUCGCCACCAAAUACGGAUUCCCCUUGGAGAUCCACCGAGUGGUCACCGAGGAUGGGUACGUCCUCGAGCUGCACAGGAUUCCCCGAGGUCGGCGUUCCGCGAUCCUGAAGAGGGGUUCAGGAAUCCCCGUGCUGUUGCAGCACGGCCUUGCCGGCAGUUCUGCGGAUUGGAUCAUCAUGGGCCCCGAGAAUGGAUUGGCUUACAUUUUGGCAGACCGUGGGUACGAUGUGUGGCUUGGGAAUAAUCGUGGAAACGUCUACUCCAGGAACCACACCGUGAUCUCUCCCACCGACAAGAAUUUCUGGGACUUCAGCUUCCACGAGCUCGGCGUGUACGACUUGCCGGCUACUAUAGACCACAUCAUCGAUAUCACCGGUUUCGGCAGGGUCCUCUUCGUGGGCCAUUCUCAGGGCACCACGCAGUUCCUGGUGAUGGCCUCGCAGCGCCCUGAAUAUAAUUUCAAAGUCGACCUGAUGGUCGGCCUUGCACCCGCAGCCUAUACCAGCAAUUUGCGAGGUCCGAUUACUAAGUUGGCCAAGUUGACAUACUUCGGCGUGUGGGUCGGAGAGAGAUUCGGGUAUCCCGAACUGGGCUCUAGGUCCAACUGGGGGAAAUUCGUGUCCAAUCUCUUCUGCCAGAAUUCCGCACCCACCCAGUUCCUCUGCACGAACUUCUUCUUCCUGAUGACGGGGUACAACCAGGAAGAGCUCAACUUGAUGAACCUCACCGUCAUCAUCGGGCACGUUCCUGCGGGGGCGUCGUGGAAGCAGCUCGUACAUUUUGGCCAGGGUCACAUCAAUCCAGGGUACUUCAGGCUGUUUGAUUAUGCGAACGAGGAGAAGAACGUUCAACUCUAUGGGUCUGCCGUGCCUCCGGAAUAUCCCUUGGAGAGGAUCAGCACCCCCGUUGCACUUUUUGGCAGCGACGAGGACAGACUCGCCACGACCGAGGAUGUCGCUAGACUCGUUUCUCGACUGAACCACGUGGUCGCCGACGUCAAAGUCCCUGCCUUCAACCACUACGACUUCAUAUGGGGAAGAACGGCUCCUCGCAUGGUGUUCGAGCCCCUGAUUCGUAUUUUAGAGACCUACCGAUACUCGUUAACCGAUUUAAUAAUCCGAGAUUGGGAUAAAAUGGGUAACCGUCCAUGGUUUCUUUUUUUAAUCGGCUUAUUUAACAUGGUUUCGAUUAAUCAGAUGGAGCUGAUCGACAAGUACGGGUACAAUGGAGAGACUCAUCUCGUCACCACGAGGGAUGGUUACAUUUUAGAGUUACACAGGAUAACAGGAACCAAGAAGAAUCCUGAUCCUUCUGGGAAAACGGUGGUCUUCGUCAUGCACGGACUUUUGGGCUCAUCAGCUGAUUGGAUCCUCUCUCGACCUGGAAGAGCCCUCGCAUUCCUCUUGGCGGAUGCCGGAUACGACGUCUGGCUAGGAAAUGCCAGGGGGAACAAGUAUUCCAGAAGACACAGAUAUCUGAGCCUCUCCGACAAGAGCUACUGGUCCUUCAGCUGGCACGAGAUCGGCAUCUACGACCUGCCCAAGUUCAUCGACUACGCUUUGGAUACCACGGGACAGAAGGACCUCAUCUUCGUCGGCUUCAGCCAAGGAACGACGGUCUUCUACGUCAUGAUGUCCGAAUUGCCGAUUUACAACACCAGAAUUAGAGCCAUGUUCUCCUUGGCCCCCGUCGGGUACAUGGAGAACAUGAUCAGCCCCUUCUUCAAGUUCCUGGCGAUUUUCGUCGACCAGAUAGAGUUACUUACUAAGAUAAUCGGCUUCCUGGAGUUUGCUCCAACAGACGAGUUACUGAAGGAGUUCGCCUUGAAGCUCUGCGACGAAUCCGCCAUAACGCAACCGAUCUGUACCAACAUCUUCUUCAUAAUGUCUGGGUUUAGCUGCGACCAGAUGGACAAGAGUCUUCUUCCGGUCAUCCUCAGCCACGUUCCUGCAGGAGCUUCGGCGAAGCAAGUCGUCCACUACGGUCAGCUGAUCAAAUCCGGGUACUUCCGGCAGUACGACUAUGGGUUCUUCGGGAACCUGAAGAGGUACCACUCGAUCAGCCCUCCGGAUUACAACCUCUUCAGGGUCAGGGUUCCCGUGACCGUGUACUUUUCACACGGCGACUGGCUCUCCCAUCCUAAGGACGUGGAGAAGCUGUACUUCGAGUUGAGGAACCCGAAGGGGAAGAAUCCUGUUCCCCAUUCUACGUUUAACCACGUGGACUUCAUGUGGGCGAAGGACGCGAAAAAGCUGGUCUAUGAUCAUCUUUUGAAGUCCUUGGGGGAGAUUCGGACCCCUGGGCUCCGAUUUCUGGAAACCAACCGAACGAUACCGCUUAUCAUUGAUAAAGAUUCAUCUUAAUAAAUCAAGUGGAAGUCGCAGUU